CUCUGAAAAAAUCUAUUUAAGCAACCCGCACGCUCUCUUCUUCGUAAAUUUUUUUGCUACGAGGGUACGUCGCGUCGCGCAUGAAUUAAAUAUUAAUCAAAAGAAAAUUAAGAGUGCUUGUGCAGUGCAGUCUUCCAGAGAUUUUCCCUUUGGUUUUAUUAUAUCGAAGGUCUUACAACCGGAGGGAACUGAUACAAAAACACUAGAAGUGGUCCGGGAAUGAGUUUUCCCAGGCUAAGCUGGACCUGGAAUUCGUCUCCAUGGAAUAGGGAUCUUAACUAAGAGGAAAGCUCUAAGUCGAAGUCAAAGGUCAAACCGAGGGCUAGCAUGAGCGAGAGUGCAAGGGAGACACAUAGACAGACAGCUAGAGAGAGGGAGACGAGACGAGAGGAGCUCCCAUAUGUGCCAACAACUUCAACAAAACUAACACAACUUCACGCUUGAGGGAGCGAUAAAAGUCUGAUAGCGAUUGAUAAGCAAAGCACAGCCACAUCAAAAUACUAUACAUAAAAACUCACUGCAACAUAUCGUCAGAAAGAAAAGAACAGGGUACUAACAUGAUCGCCCCGCUGUAAAACCAAGAAAUUAGUUCCACAUCAUCAAAGCCUUAACCCAAAUCGCCAAAAUUCGCAAUUAACUGACGACUGUAGCUCAGCCACCAACGAUAGUUAACAGAGAUUAAAACAAUCAUGACUUUGUCGACCUUCACACGCAAAAUGCGCGGGCGCAUGCGCUCCAAUACCUGCCGGAUUGUCCUGCUCACGUCGCUCGUUUGGGUGAUCUUCGAUUUCGUCCUCAUCGCCCGCUAUUCGGAUUGCAUCGGCAAGGAUGGAUGGCGAUGCAAGCGAUCCGGGGAGUACGAUGUGGAGUUACCCAAUGCCGAACGCUUGGUGGACGAUAAUCAGCUGGUAGAUGAUAACGAAAUCAACACGGAGAAAUCCCUUGAUGGUGAAUCAGGCGGAGCUCUAAUCAUGGGCAUGGGCUUUGCGCCUGGCGGCAUAUCCAUGACCUACCCCAGCGUAGUGCUCAAAAAGUGGUUCCUGGCGCCAUCGGUGCAGGAAGCCAAGGGCAAGCCGGGCGAGAUGGGCAAACCGGUGAAGAUACCCGCCGACAUGAAGGAUCUCAUGAAGGAAAAGUUCAAGGAGAACCAGUUCAAUCUGUUGGCCAGUGACAUGAUCUCUCUGAAUCGCUCGCUGACUGAUGUGCGACACGAAGGUUGCCGCCGCAAGCACUACGCCUCUAAGCUGCCCACCACUUCCAUUGUGAUAGUUUUCCAUAACGAAGCCUGGACGACCCUGCUGCGAACUGUGUGGAGUGUUAUUAAUCGCUCGCCAAGAGCUCUACUCAAGGAGAUAAUCCUGGUGGAUGAUGCCAGCGAGAGAGACUUUCUGGGCAAACAGUUAGAGGACUAUGUGGCCAAGCUGCCGGUUAAGACCUUUGUGCUGCGCACUGAGAAACGCUCCGGUUUAAUUCGGGCCCGUCUCCUGGGAGCCGAGCAUGUCAGCGGCGAGGUUAUCACCUUCCUGGAUGCCCAUUGUGAGUGCACCGAGGGUUGGCUGGAGCCGCUCUUAGCGCGCAUUGUCCAGAAUCGUCGAACGGUUGUGUGUCCCAUUAUCGAUGUGAUUUCCGACGAGACCUUCGAAUACAUCACCGCCUCGGACUCCACGUGGGGUGGCUUCAACUGGAAGCUCAACUUCAGAUGGUACCGAGUGCCGUCGCGAGAAAUGGCGCGCAGGAAUAACGACCGAACUGCUCCGCUGCGGACUCCUACGAUGGCCGGUGGCCUGUUCUCCAUCGAUAAGGAUUACUUCUACGAGAUUGGUUCCUACGACGAGGGCAUGGACAUUUGGGGCGGCGAGAAUCUGGAGAUGUCGUUCCGUGUGUGGAUGUGCGGCGGCGUGCUCGAGAUCGCGCCCUGCUCCCGUGUGGGUCACGUGUUCCGCAAGUCUACUCCGUACACUUUCCCCGGCGGCACCACGGAGAUUGUCAAUCACAAUAAUGCCCGUCUGGUCGAGGUUUGGCUGGACGACUGGAAAGAGUUCUACUACAGUUUUUAUCCAGGAGCUCGCAAAGCUUCAGCUGGCGAUGUCAGCGAUCGUAAAGCUCUGCGUGAUCGCCUUAAAUGCAAGAGUUUCCGCUGGUACUUGGAGAAUGUUUACCCCGAGAGCUUGAUGCCUCUGGAUUACUACUAUCUAGGAGAGAUACGCAAUGCGGAAACGGAAACCUGCCUGGACACGAUGGGCAGGAAGUACAACGAGAAGGUGGGCAUCAGCUAUUGCCAUGGCCUGGGCGGCAACCAGGUGUUCGCCUACACCAAACGGCAGCAGAUCAUGUCCGACGAUCUGUGCCUGGAUGCAUCCAGCUCGAAUGGCCCCGUGAACAUGGUGCGUUGCCACAACAUGGGCGGCAAUCAGGAGUGGGUCUACGAUGCGGAGGAGAAGUGGAUCCGCCACACGAACACGGGUCAGUGCUUACAGCGCGCCACGCGGGACGAUGCCAACACGCCACUGCUGCGGCCCUGUAGCUACGGCAAGGGCCAACAGUGGCUGAUGGAGUCGAAGUUCAAGUGGCAGGCUCACUAGCUGGAUGCCACCGGGACGCCCGACUACAACUAAACUCAACGGAUCCUACUAACUUUACUGAGAACUUCCAACUUGUGUUUACCCCCUGCUUACGUAGCCCUAAGUUCGUUCGGAUCUGAGUUCUCUCUAUGCAAAAAUAUCUCUCUGUGUGAAUGUGUUUGCGGCCGGAGAGUCCUUCCGGCGGCAGGAUGUCUUCCCAAAAUCUUGAUGCGCGUGUGUGAAUGCGUGAGAGUCAGUACUAGAAAUUUCGAUUAUCAGUUUACAUGAUAUGCAUGUAUAUGUGUUGAUAUAGGCAGGCAGUUACAUAUAUGAUUUAUCUAGGUAUAUAUAAUUGUAAUGUAAAUUUACAUUAGCUUCGACCAAGUACCAAUAAAUUGGCAUUUAACUGA